AUGYCGCUCGCGCCCCGGUGCCGGGCGGUGCGCGCCUUGCUGCGCAGACACUACCGCGAGGUGCUGCCGCUGGCGGCCUUCGCGCGCCGCCUGGGGCCCGAGGGCCGGCGGCUCGUGCGGCGAGGAGACCCGGCGGCGUUCUGCGCUCUCGUGGCCCAGUGCCUGGUGUGUGUGCCCUGGGACGCGCAGCCGCCUCCCGCCGCCCCCUCCUUCCGCCAGGUGUCCUGCUUGAAGGAGUUGGUGGCCAGGGUCGUACAGAGGCUCUGCGAGCGCGGCGUGAGGAAUGUGCUGGCCUUUGGCUUCGCGCUGCUGGACGGUGCCCGUGGCGGGCCACCUAUGGCCUUCACGACCAGCGUUCGAAGCUAUUUGCCUAAUACGGUGACGGAGACUCUGCGCGGUAGCGGCGCGUGGGGGAUGCUCCUCCAUCGCCUGGGCGACGACGUGCUUGUCCAUCUGCUGGCCCGCUGCGCUCUCUACCUGCUGGUGGCACCCAAUUGUGCCUACCAGGUGUGUGGGCCGCCUCUCUAUGAACUCUCCGCUACCGACAAGGCCCAGCCCACAGUGCCGCGGACCCGCUGGCCCAGGCGCACAGGCCAGACAGGCCACCGAUCCACAGGCCCAGUCCAGAACAGCAGCAGCCAGGAGGCCCUGGGCCGGCCAGCCCCAGGUGCAAAGCGGCACCUAGACAACGCAGGCAGAAGUCCGCCUUUGGCCAAGAAGYCGAGGUGCAGCCUGGGCCUGGAGCAGGCCUGUGGGCCAACUCCUGGAAAACCCUGUGGGGUGACCCCCCACCCCGCCGCAGCUGAAGCCACAUCAUUGGAAGCUAAGUCCAGAGCCCAGCAGUCCUCCCGCCCACCCACACUGUGGCCACCACAGCCCCAACCACAGGUGGAGGUCAAGUGCUUCCUCUAUACCUGUUCUCGGGGCAGGGAGCAGCUGCACCCCUCCUUCCCUCUCAGCUCCCUGCGGCCCAGCCUGAGUGGGGCCCAGAGGCUUGUGGAGAUCAUCUUUCUAGGACCAGUGCCCCUCCAGCUGGGGGUGCCUGGCAGGACACACCGCCUGUCCCCACGCUACGGGCAGAUGCGACCCCUGUUCCGGGAACUGCUGGCCAACCAUGCACAGUGCCCUUACCUUGCUCUUCUGAGGAUGCACUGUCCACUUMAGGCUGCGGCCACCCAGGUGGCCCGUGCCUGUGCCUCAGGGAGGCCAGCUGAGGCUCCUGGGGGGUCUGCAGACCCGGGCCACCUGGCUGAGCUGCUCGACCAGCACAGCAGCCCCUGGCAGGUCUAUGCGUUCCUCCGGGCCUGUCUCAGCAGGCUGGUCCCCGCCGGCCUCUGGGGCUCCAGGCACAACCAGCGCCGCUUCUUGAGGAACGUGAAGAGGUUCAUCUCUCUGGGAAAGCACGCCAGGCUGUCACUGCGGGAGCUGACGUGGAAGAUGAAGGUGCGGGACUGUGCUUGGCUGCGCAGGAGCCCAGGURCCCACUGUGUGCCUGCAGCGGAGCACCGUCUGAGGGCACAGAUCCUGGCCAAGUUCCUGUUCUGGCUGGUGGACACCUACGUGGUGGGGCUGCUGAGGUCCUUCUUCUAUGUCACAGAGACCACGUUCCAGAAGAACAGGCUCCUCUUCUACCGCCAGAGCAYCUGGCGCAGGCUGCAGAGCGUGGGGGUCAGGCAACUCCUGGAGCGUGUGCAGCUGCGGCAGCUGUCGGAAGCCGAGGUCAGGCAGCACCAGGGCGCCCGGCCCGCCCUGCCCACGUCCAGACUCCGCUUCGUCCCUAAGCCCAACGGGCUGCGGCCCAUCGUGAGCAUGGACUGCGUCGUGGGUACCAGACCGCUCCGCAGGGAGAAGAAGGCCCAGCAGUUCACUCUGCACAUGAAGACCUUGUUCAGCGUGCUUAAUUACGAGCGGGCCCAGCGACCUGGCCUCCUGGGGGCCUCUGUGCUGGGCAUGGACGACAUCUACAAGGUCUGGAGGGCCUUCGUGCUGCGUGUGCGGGCUCAGGACCCGGCGCCCCGGCUGUACUUUGUCAAGGCAGAUGUGACUGGGGCGUACGACACCAUCCCCCAGGACCGACUCGUGGAGGUGAUCGCCAGCAUCCUCAGGCCCCCGGAGAACACGUACUGCGUCCGCCGCUACGCCGUGGUGCAGAGAGCCGCCCACGGGCGCGUCCGAAAGUCUUUCARGACACAUGUCUCCACCCUCUCGGACCUGCAGCCCUACAUGCGCCAGUUCGUGGAGCACCUGCAGGACAGGAUUGCGCUGAGGGACGCCGUCGUCAUUGAGCAGAGCUGCUCUCUGAACGAGACCAGCACCAACCUGUUUGACUUCUUCCUGAGGUUUGUACGCAGCAGUGUGGUGAGGAUCGGCGGCAGGUACUAUGUGCAAUGCCGGGGGAUCCCCCAGGGCUCCGUGCUGUCUACCCUGCUCUGCAGCCUGUGCUACGGGGACAUGGAGAACAAGCUGUUUGCCGGGGUGCAGCAGGACGGGGUGCUUCUGCGACUGGUGGACGACUUCCUGCUGGUCACGCCUCACCUGGCCCAGGCCAGAGCCUUCCUCAGGGCCCUGGUCCAGGGUGUCCCCGAGUACGGCUGCCAGAUAAACCUGCAGAAGACAGUGGUGAACUUCCCCGUGGAGAGCGAGGCCCCCAGCGGCGCUGCCCCGCUGCAGCUGCCCGCUCACUGCCUGUUCCCCUGGUGCGGCCUGCUGCUGGACUCGCAGACCCUGGAGGUGUUCUGUGACUACUCGAGCUAUGCUCAGACCUCGGUCAGGGCCAGUCUCACCUUCCAUCGCGGCUCCAGGGUGGGGCGGAACCUGCGUCGCAAGCUCCUGGCCGUCUUGCGGCUGAAGUGCCACGGCCUCUUUCUGGACCUGCAGGUGAACAGCCUCCAGACGGUGUGCGUGAACAUUUACAAGAUCUUCCUGCUGCAGGCCCACAGGUUCCACGCGUGUGUGCUCCAGCUCCCGUUCAGCCAGCAGGUUCGGAAGAACCCCCGGUUCUUCCUGCGCGUCGUCUCUGACACGGCUUCCUGCUGCUACUCCAUCCUGAGAGCCAGGAACUCAGGGGCGUCGCUGGGGGCCAGGGGCGCUGCCGGCCCGUUUCCCUUGGAAGCAGCACAGUGGCUCUGCCACCAAGCCUUCCUGGUCAAGCUGGCUUGUCACUGUGCCACCUACAAGUGUCUCCUGGGGCCGCUCAGAACAGCCCAGACACAGCUGUGUCGGAAGCUCCCUGAGGCCACCUUGGUGGCCCUCAAGGCCGCAGCCGACCCCGCCCUGACCACAGACUUCCAGACCAUCCUGGACUGA